CGUGCCGAAAUUCACGAAUAAAAAUACAACUUUUAAUGGAAGAAUGAAAUUAACGCGACUAAUCUGUUAGAAUUCUUUCCUGAAUUUCCCAACUAGGAAAUAUUGACCGCAGUUUCUUAAAUAUGAUUUGAGUGAAUCAACCUCGACUUCCUCUAAUUAUAUCACAACUCUCUGAUACGCGAAAUUGGGUAAAUGUCUUCUGAAAAUAUGUCAUUCGUCAUUGAUGUCCAUCGAAUAAUAGUUUUUGCUGUGUUAGUUUCAUCAAUAGGAGUAUUUUCACAAGAUAUUUCCGUGUGCGAUUCCAAAUAUGAUUGUGGUUCUUGUUUACAGCAGUCUGGAUGCUAUUGGUGUAUACAACCACAACUGAAUAAGAAAAAAGUAUUGAACCAUUGUAUCUCGAGCGACUCAAGAAACAUAACAUGUCCAGAAAAGGAUCGAAUAGACCCAAAGACAAAAGUCGAUAUAAUCCAGAACUUGCCACUGUCGAGUACUGCCAGCAGAGUGGUCCAGAUAAAACCUCAAAGGAUAAAAUUAUCUAUGAGGGUGAAAAAGACAGUUAAUAUCACUUUCCAGUUUUCCCUAGCCAAGGAUUAUCCGGUAGACUUAUAUUAUAUAAUUGACAAUUCAUAUUCAAUGAGAGAACACAAGGACAAACUAGCUGCCUUAGGAAAAGAACUCUUUGAAACAAUGAGCAAUAUCACUAAUGAUUUCAAAAUAGGAUUUGGAAGUUUCAUAGAUAAACAAUCAGGUCCCUUUGUUUCUCAGCAGCCAGAUUUACUGAAGAACCCUUGUGGGAUAGUUAAAUGUGUCCCCGCUUAUGGAUUCAAGAACCAUCUUCCACUGACUGAACAUUUUGAAUCAUUUUCUAAAGGAGUUAAAGAGGCCAUUUCGUCUGGUAAUAUGGAUUCACCAGAAGGAGGUUUUGAUGCAAUAAUGCAAGCUAUUGUAUGUAAAAAAGACAUUGGAUGGAGACCCAAGGCUAGACACCUUUUAAUCUUCUCUUCUGAUGCCAAUUUCCACAUAGCAGGAGAUGGUAGGUUGCUGGGUAUUUUAGAACCCAAUGAUGCCAAAUGUCUUAUGGUCAAUAAUAAAUAUGAUGGAUUGAAAAAUGACUAUCCGUCCAUCUCUCAUCUAAGCAAUAUUGCCAAGGAAAACGAUGUGAACAUUAUAUUUGCGGUUGUAAGAAAGUUGCAGAAGAUUUAUAAGAUGCUAUCUGAAAAUAUUGUAAAUUCAAAGUUCGGCGUUUUGGACAAGAAAUCACAGAAUGUUGUCAAAUUGGUUGUUGAUAAUUAUAAGGAAAUCGUCGGAUCAGUUAAUAUAGAGACAAAUUACUCCAGAAAUAUAAAAGUGGACAUAAUACCUCAUUGUAAGAAACAGAAAGGAAAUGGGUGUGAUGGAGUGAAGUUAGGUGAAGUGGUGAAUUUCACUGCUUCCAUAACACUUUUAAAUUGUGCAGAUAACACUUCAACACCCACUGCUAUAUCCAUAAAACCCAGUGGCAUCGAUGAGAGUUUGAUACUUGAAGUUAACACCAUUUGUGGAUGUGAAUGCGAAUCAAAGACUGACAAAACUUACCAGAAGAAUUCUCCUGAGUGUGGAGGUGACGGGGACUUGGCAUGUGGAUUAUGCAAGUGCAAAGAAGGUCACUAUGGAUCAAAAUGUGAGUGUACCGGAACAAGUGAUGAAGAAACCAAAGAGAAAGAUUGCCGUGAAGGUCCUGAAUCUAAGAUUUGUACUGGAAGAGGUCGGUGUAACUGUGGCAUGUGCGACUGUAACACCAACCCGGAAUUGGGAAGACCCUACAGUGGAAAGUUCUGUGAAUGCGAUGAAGCGUCUUGCCUAAAGGAGAAGGGAGAGAUUUGUAACGGAAAGGGCAAAUGCAUAUGUUUAUCAAAUUCGAGUAUGCCCAUUUGUGAUUGCGACGCUGGUUGGGAAGGUCCUAGUUGUGCAUGCGAAAAAAAAGAUGAACUUUGUAUAAAAAGUGGAGAUAAAAAUAUAUGCUCCGGAAAAGGCUCUUGCAAAUGUGGCGCGUGCAUCUGCUCUGACGAUUAUUCUGGUACUUUUUGUGAAGUAUGCCCGGACUGCAAUAAUGAGUGCAGCAAGUUGAAGACUUGCGUCGAGUGCAAGAUCUUCGGGUUAGGAAUUCAAGACAACGCAAGAUGCAUAGAUGAAUGCGCUGGCCAUAUAAUAACAAGCACGAGUCAAACUGUCGAGAAAAACGGAAAGAAAGAGAAGAUUUGCAGAGAACUUGAUCAGGAAAAGUGCGAGAUCACUUUCAAGUAUAUGUACGACGAUUCACAAGUAUUGCAUGUCACUGUGCAAAAACACAGGAAUUGUCCACCAAAUAUCUUAGUGUGGAUGAUAGCCGUUGCUGGUUUUGUAAUCAUGAUAGGAAUUUUAACGUUGUUGAUAUGGAAGAUAGCCACUAUUCUACAUGACAGAAGAGAAUAUGCUAAAUUCAUGCGAGAACAGACAGCUUCUCAAUGGCAUCGAGGGCAGAAUCCGUUAUAUAAAGAAGCUACAACAACUUUCGAGAAUCCAUAUUUCUCUAAAUAACUUUAUUUAUAAACUUAUGUACGAAAAAUUCUUAUUCUCAUAGACGAUAUAGGACUAUAAAUACAGUUAGAUAAUACUAAGAUAUCUAUUAACUACAAGUACUGGUAUCUAUAGGAAACAAUGCGGAAAUCAAGGGGUGUUCCGAAAAUAUCCUCCAAAUACAAGAAGCCAGUUGCCUUCAAUGGUCACCAGUUUAAUCUUUACAUAUUAUAUCAAUUGCGAGAUUCAGAAAUUUUGGUUAAAUUUUAAAAUGUAGUGAAUAAAGGCUCUGAAAACUCAAAUAUGUCGUUAAUUUUCGGUGUGCAGAUGUGUUGUUUACAUUUCAGUUUCCUUUGCUAUAUAUUGCUGUGAAUUUCCACAUUUUCUACAAUAAAAUGAUAAACUUCCCACUU